CCCAGCUUUCCAAAUAUCUUAUAAAGCGACCAGUGAGAAAACCGAAGCGGGACUGAUAAUUGUCAAUCAAGGCAACCAGCUCGCCUUGGUAGUUCAAAUGUCCUCAUUCUUCACCCUACCGGGGGCGAAUAAAAAGAGGAAGAGGCCGGAAGCUUCAGACGCCCCUAAGAAACGAAUUGCUGCCCCCAAGACGUCCGGCAAGGGUCCCUCGAGAGGUGCGACGACAAAGGGCUCCAAAGCAGUCCCGCCCUCCAAACAGAAGCGAGCCGAGCGAGACCAGUCCCUCUCUGAAAGCGAUCUAGAUGACAAUGCUAGCAUCGUGAGUCUUUCAGAACAGGAAGAAGAGGGGAGCGGGUCCGAAGUUGAAGGCGAGACGGCUGCCGAACGGCGUCUGAGGCUCGCAGAGCGAUAUCUUGAAAAUGUCCGGGAGCAAGUGGACGAGGUGGGCUUCGAUGCUGCCGAUAUAGACCGGGAUCUCAUCGCCGAGCGGCUACAAGAAGACGUCGCAGAAGCCAAGGGCCGACUAUACCGCCAAUUGGCCUCCGAGUUUGCUUACGACAAGGCGGCUCACUGCUACUUCAAGAACAAUGCCGAGACCUUCACAUCGGUGGCCGUUCAACCGCCUUACGCAUACACCACCACGAAGGACAUGUACGUGCACAAGUGGAGAAUACAAGACCUCCCGAAGGACCAGUUCCCACCAACGACGACGAUAAAGAAGAAGAAGAACAAAAAACCACCACCACCCCCUCGGAGAAAGCCAACCCUGGAACAGUGGAUCCGGGGCAACAUCAACAAGGCCAAGGACAAGAACUUUCAUCGCCACGUGGACCAAAUCCUCUGCGUGGCCGCGUCUUCGGACGGCAAGUUCCUCGUCACCGGCGGCGAAGACAAGCGAAUCAUCGUCUACGACGCCGGCACCCUCAAGCCCCUCCGCACUUUCACCCACCACCGCGACGCCGUCACAGGCCUGGCUUUCCGCCGGGGCACCAACCAGCUAUACUCGUGCUCCAAAGACCGCACCGUCAAGGUCUGGAGUCUCGACGAGCUCGCCUACAUCGAGACCCUCUUCGGCCACCAGGACGUCGUGCUGGACAUCGACGCCCUCGCCCAGGAACGCUGCGUCAGCGUCGGCGCCCGUGACCGCACCGCCCGCAUGUGGAAGGUCGUGGAGGAGACCCAGCUGGUCUUCCGCGGCGGCGGCACCACGGGCUUCGACAAGAAGAACACGAACCCCGCCGCCCUCGCCGCCGCCGGCGUCACGGACCCUCGUUCCCUCUCCCACGAAGGCAGCAUGGACCGCAUCGCCAUGCUGGACGACGAGCUCUUCGUCACCGGCAGCGACAACGGCGCUCUCUCCCUCUGGAGCGUCGCCAAGAAGAAGCCCCUCCACGUCUUACCCCUCGCCCACGGCCUGGAAAAGCCGCUGCUUCCCACCGAGGCGUCGGCCGAGGCUGCCCCCGAUGACAAGGUGGUGCCGCCCCCACAGCCGAGAUGGAUCACCGCCCUACGGACGAUCCCGUACUCGGACCUCAUCCUAAGUGGGAGCUGGGACGGGUACAUUCGUGUGUGGAAGCUGAGUGAAGAUAAGAAGAAAAUCGAACCGCUCGGUAUCUUAUGCCGUGGCAAUAAGCUUGGUGGGGAGGGUGACGACGGCAAUGGCGAUGUCGACAUGGAGGACCAGGAGCAUGAAGAUGAUUUUCGCAUCAGGGGUGUUGUCAAUGACAUUGCCGUCUUCGAGCGUGGCGAGAGGGCCAAGGAUGGACUUUGCAUUGUGGUGGCAGCGGGCAAGGAGCAUAGACUGGGCCGGUGGCAGAUGGGCAAAGUGAAGGGGAAAAAUGGAGGCUACGUGUUUGAGGUGCCCAGGAGGAUACCACUGAAACCGGAAAUCAAUGGUCACGACGACGCGGCAGAUGCUGAGGAGAGUGACUGAGAGGGUCCUGUUUCAAUAGUGGUGGCGAUUUGAUAAGAGGACAGUGGGCGAAAUAUUAGUCGGAGGUGUCUUUUGGUGAACACGGGUUUGAUUGUACGUGUAGGCACGACCUCGACCUCUUACAUCCCUUACUUAGAACAUACCUAUCAUAAUAGGUGCUACGCCAUGCCAAUAUUCAUCGUGCAGAAACACCAGCCGUCUCAGAAAACAAUGGCAGAUGACUUGGAAACU